UUAAAUUGCGUAGGGUGGUGAGCGCGGGUGGGCGCGCUCGCUGGGUCGCGGCUCCCAAGUUCCCGCGAUCUCGCGCAGUCUCUGGCUUAAAGGCGCUACUGAGUUUCCGCCUGGCGGCCCUGCGGGUGACUGCGUCCUCGCUGGGCUGCGCAGAGCUGAGGUCCGUGUGGACUACCGCCCCAAACCCCUGCGCGGGCGGAGCCGAGCAGGAACAUGGCUGCGUGGGGGCUGGAUCAUCUCAAAAAUGACUAUAGAAGAAGAUUUUGCCGACCUCCCAGGGUACCUGACAUUAAUACAGAGCAAGGCCAGAACAUACUGGAAAUCUUACUAGACUGUUUUGAAGAAAAAAGUAUUGCCAAUGAUUUUAGCGCAAAUUCCACCAAACCAGUGCUUUAUUCAACACCUAAAACAAAAACCGUUUGUAUUCAGUCACCAAGCAAAGAGACUCAGUGCCAGAAAUCACGUCCAAAAUCAGGUCCAGUUUCUUCAAGGAAGAAAGAAGCCCCUCUGCAGUUAAUUGUAGAACCAAGUGAAGCUGUCAACAAAUCAGUUCAGGCCCAUGAGGUUCAUCAGAAAACUUUGGCAACUGAUGUUCGUUCUGAAAAUACAUCUGACUUGAGAGAAAUGUCAAGUAAAAAUCAAAAAGAUCAUCAUAGUGAAGCUGAUGAGGAAUUUUACUUAUCUGUUGGCUCACCUUCUGAUCUUCUGGAUGCAAAAGCACGUUUACUGCAAAAGGCUAUUCCAUCUGUUGCCCAAAAGGGAGAGACCUAUACUUCUGAAAAUUCAGUAAAUAUGCUGUCUUCAAGUACAGAGAUUUCUCAUAAAACCAAAAAACGGUUAAACUUUGAAGAUAAAGAUGUUUUGAAGAAAGUAGAAAUAACGAAUAAAGUAUCAGAAACAGAGGAUAAAGUAUCAGAAACAGAGGAUAAAGUAUCAGAAGGACCACAAGAGAGGAAACAGUUAGGAACCUCUCAAAAAAGAACACAAGAUUCAGAAUGUGAAAAUCAACCGCAAGCUAGAAAGAGUUUUUCAACAUUGUUUUUAGAAACUGUAAAAAGAAAAAGUGAAUCCAGUUCUGUUGUUAGGCAUAUAACACCUGCUCCAUCUCAUUCAUCGCCUGCAAAUAAUAUGAAGUUAUUAGAAGAUGAAUUUAUCAUUGAUGAAUCAGAUAAAAGUUUUGCCAGUCAACCUUGGAUUACUAUACCAAGAAAGACUGGGCCUCUGAAACAACACACAGUAUCCCCUGCUGAGAGCACUGUACAACUUCAAAGGAGGAAGUCAAGAGAAAAACAUGACAGUGUAUCAUCUACAACUUUGACAAGUAACAGACAUCCUGGCAAAGCUCACCCAAUAGAGAAAUCACAGCCCUCUGAACAAAAAAUACUGGGUGGAAGUUGUGGUUUGACAAAUGAAACGGAAAAUAACUGUAAAUCUGCAAAACAUGAAAUGUAUUCAGAAAAUGCAAAAAAAUCAUCUGUAAACAAAAGGACUAUAAAACAAAAACGAGGAACAAAAUUUAAGGCCAGUGUAGUUGAAGAACAAGUUGACAUGGAACAAUCUAAAGAUAAAAAUAUAAAUAUAUCACAUAUUGCCCAAGACAGGUUACAAAGAAAUUCAGACCGAAAUAUGGAAGAGGGUGAAGAGAUAAGUAUUCACAUUUCCCCAAAACAGUUGCUACCUGUGGGAAGCAAGAAGGGUAGUACCAAUGUUCCUCAGACAGAGAGUCAGAAAAAAGAUAAGGAAUGCAAAAAGAAGCAUUAUUCAGAGGGGUCCAAGAAGAACAAAAUUGUACCUGAAGAAUUGACUUCAACUGUCACAAGAAGUCGAAGAAUUUCCAGACGUCCAUCUAAUUGGUGGGUGGUAAAAUCAGAGCAGAGUCUUUUUUCUAGCAAUUCUGCAAUAAGAAAUGAAUUGUCAUUGCAUCAUAACAGCAGACAAAAACCUGAAAAAAAAAACCAAUCAUCUAAGAAUAUUGGGGAAAAAACCAUUCCAUUUAAAAGGCAGAAGAGAGCUAACGAAGGCAGCUCAAGAACACAGAAGGUUUUAAAUGCUAAAGAUUCUGGUUGUUCCCAGAAUGAGUCAUUGGAAAGCAAUGAGGCAGAUCUGGCUAAGAAGACAAACCUUAAUCCUUCUGGAGGUACAGGAAGCUCAAAGAAUCAAGAUAGUAUGGCUACACAAAAUGUUCGUCAGAAGUCUCAGAUCAGUGGAUACACAUGCAAGACUCCAGCAGAGUCUAACUUGGAUGCUGGAGAGCCUGGAACUUCAGUUUUGGAAGGAAGUGGACCUUCCAGGCUCAAGAAUUAUUUAACGUCUGGAAUGAAUAAUUCAGAUGUGGAUGAUAAUGAAAUUCAGGAAAGUUCAAAUGAUUCAAGAGUAAAAAGAUUGAACUUAACACCAGAGAAAAAGAUGCAUCACAAAUUAAUUUUACCCUCCAACACACCAGAUGUUCGCAGGACCAUGAGAACACGAUCAAAACCUUUGGAAUACUGGCGAGGGGAGCGAAUUGAUUAUCAAGGAAGACCAUCAGGAGGAUUUGUGAUUGGUGGAAUACUGUCCCCAAGCACAGUAUCGUCUAAAAGGAAAGCAAAAGGCAACUUGGAAAGAGUCAAUACAAUAGUUAAUAGGAAAAGAAUCUGUCUUGAUGAUGAUGAAAGAAAGAAUAAAUUCAUGGUAAAUCUGAAUAUACCUCUGGGAGAUCCUUUGCAGCCAACAAGGGUAAAGGACCCAGAAACACGAGAGAUUAUUCUAAUGGAUCUCAUAAGGCCACGAGGUACAUAUCAGUUUUGUGUUGAACAUGGUGAGUUGAAAGUAUAUAAAACAUUGGAUACACCAUUUUUUUCUACUGGAAAAUUGAUAUUAGGACCACAUCAAGAAAAGGGAAAGCAGCAUGUAGGCCUAGAUACACUGAUUUUUUAUGUUAACUUUGGUGACCUUUUAUGUACCUUACAUGAAACACCUUAUAUAAUAACAACUGGGGAUUCAUUCUAUGUUCCUUCAGGUAAUUAUUACAACAUCAAAAAUCUCCUGAAUGAGGAAAGUGUUCUUCUUUUUACUCAGAUAAAAAGUUGAAAGUUGAAGAAAAGUUUAAAUAUGUGUAUAUAUAUAUAUUUACAUACAUACAUAUAAAACAUUGUGCAGUUGAGAUGUUUAUAUUUGUAAUUAUUCAUAAUGUUUUAAAAUAGUCAAUGUUGUGUACUUAUUCCAAUAAACAUUUCAAACUUCCAUGUGUAUCUUCUAAUUUUUCCACAAAUAUACACAUAGCCUAUAGUGAUGCCCAUAUUUAUAGUAUUUUAAUAAUAUGAAAGGAAUACCAAAAUCACUGUUGCCAGUGAUACACAGGCAUACCUUGGAGAAGCUGUGAGCUUGAUUCCACCACAAUAAAGCGAAUGUUGCAAUAAA